AUGCCUUACAAUACACGACGCAAGUCACUGUCGCUCCCUUCUUUGGGCAUUCACUUGCCUAACGCCUCCCGCUCGCACAGGUCUCCGUCUGCCUCGAAAAGCUCUACUUCCAGUGUGACUGUCGCGGACGACCAGAUUCCCCCCUCGAAGAAAGUCAAGAGAUCGCAUGAGGUCGAUCCAAACUUGAAGAGCGCAGAGAAGGUUGCCGCUGGUCGUAUAAGGAAUGCGCGACGCGCCUAUGAGCACACUCCGCCGCCUUCGCCGGGAGACGCCGUCGCGGCCCCAAUAAAAAUCGACACCGAGGGCAUUAACGACGACGUCGUCGUCGCCGCAAUCGAGCAGCUGGAAAGAACCGGGAAUAAGCCGCAUCUGGUGCGCGAGCUGGCCGCUGUGCUAGUGAAGAUCAAUGACACCGUUGCCAAUUCCGCGAACCCUGCCGCGCUGCUUUCCUCUCGCAUCAGUGCCUACAUGAAGCGAUCCUGGACUGCGCUGUCACCGUGUCCCAUCGGCAAAGAACUCAUCAACGUGCAUCCGCGAAAGGUGUUUUACUAUCUUACCAAUGCUCCCCACCAGCCCCUACCUGAGAAUUUGGAGGAUAUGGUUGCCUUGGAUGAGAAAAGGUUGACUCCUAGCCUCUCGAGCUCAAGCGUUGAUCAAGAUGAGGACGAUGCCAUGGCGCGAGAGCGGUCGCGUCUCAGUCCCAGUCCUGAAAUUGAUCUCUCUUCCCCUGAAUUUGAUGAAGAACACGACACUUUUAAUGCGCGCCACUCAGCAGACUCACAUACAACCCAAAAUAAUAGCCACCAUCGCCUAUCGCACAAUCAUCGAGCGGCUUCUCCGCCCCUGGAAGGUGACGAACGGGAGUUUACCCAGACUGCCAGCUCCUUGCGCGAACGAGCUUCCGAAGAGAAAGCUAGUCGCCAAAGCAGUCUAGCUGCUUUCAGCAUGCCAGCCUCGGAUGAACCGGAAGCCCAAGCUGAUGGGUAUCCCGGUUCUCCUAUGGACGAAGAUCCCCUCACUUCAAUCAGCGAGAAGAAUCAAUAUGAAGAUUACUUCUCGCAUGGCAGCUCGCGCGAUCAGGAACAAGAUAUAGACGACGCUGCUGUCGCCGCUUUGUUCGGUACAUCGCCCUCUCCGUCGCUUACUUCGGUUGCAUCCUCUCUGUCGUCUGGUACGACUGCAUCAUCCGAAGCGGACAUUCUGGGUGAUUCACCCUCAUUACACAGCGUCAGUGGCGCUGUUAAUACUACCACUUCUGAGGAUGGCAUUUCUUCCCCCCUAAAGCGGCCAUUUGACCUGGUCGAGACUGGUUUCCCGACAAUGUCGGUCAUGGGCACAAAGCUGUCCAGGACUUUUGACUUUGACAUGAUCAUAGAUUCCUGGAGUGAUCUUCGCAGCCCUGAAACCGUCGAGGUUGAUGAGCUCGAUGAGAUGUUUGCCGACAUCUAA